UCCUGAGCAUUCAUCUCCAUAAAUAAAGAAAAGGGCUACAAUUUUAUUAUAUGUAUCUAAAUUCUUGACCCAGAGCCAUCCACAAUAUGUUAAACCUGACACUAGCUACAUCUACCUCUACUCCCUCUGAAGGCUGCCACACCCCAAGCCACACCACCUUCUCCCCCGCAGACGACGACAACCCAUUCACCACCACUGGUCUGUCCCUCUUACCACCCCUCGCAAAUAAAACAUAUAUAAUUCGACAACCUAAGACCAACCUUGCCAUCACCCUUCAAAACAGUAACCUUUGUCUGCAACCCCUCGACAUCGCCAACACAACGUGUCACUGGCGAGUAAUUGUAAACCCGGGCGGCUGGUUUAGCUUCCGAAACAUUCACUCAGAGACGUUCAUCCGACACAAUAAUAACAUCAAGCGGAACUAGAGGUUCGUCGCAGACGUGCGGCACCAUGAGUAGUGGGAGUGCUUUAUUACGAAGCCGGCUAUAGAAGGACGCUAUGAGCUGCUUGUAAAGCAUUUGGACGAGUUUCGGGGGAUGAGAGUCGGUGGGAAUAGGGGGAGGGAGCUUAUGGUUGCUGAGAAGGGGGAGAGGGG